AGCAACAACUUAACCUAAUUCCCAAUCCGUUUUCCUUUAAUUUUCCCGCAUUUUCUCGGGCUUCCUCUCAAUUUUCUCUCUCUUCCGGCGAGAUUGGAUCUAAGUGCUCUGACAUAUAUAUAUUUUUACUCCAACCUCACUUGGUCCCUUCAAACCGGAAGAGAAAAAGAAACCCCAAUUUCUUAAUUUCCGAGGGGUUUCCAGUUAGGGUUUUACUGGAUCUACCACUAUUGGAAUCUUUGGUUUUUGGAUAAUUCGUGAUAUUUACGGCUUUGGGUUGCUUUUGUUUUUCUUGGAGGGGUUUUAUUUGUUAGAUUUCUGGAGCUCGGGGUUAGAUUUAAAAGGGAAGAAUUUGAAUAGCCAAUGCCAGAUUUGGGUAAUUGGUAUUUGAAAGGUGUAUUUUUAGCGUAAUUUUUUUGGAGAGACCGAAAAAACAAGUGAUCAAUGUCUUGGGCAGGCCCUGAAGAUAUCUACCUUUCUACUUCUCUUGCCAGUUAUCUUGACAGAAAACUUUUAGUUCUGCUGCGAGAUGGACGGAAGCUCAUGGGAACAUUACGUUCAUUUGAUCAAUUUGCCAAUGCUGUUCUUGAGGGUGCUUGUGAAAGGGUUAUUGUUGGUGACCUUUAUUGUGACAUCCCUUUAGGUCUCUAUGUAAUCCGUGGGGAAAAUGUUGUCUUGAUUGGUGAACUGGACUUGGAGAGAGAGGAACUUCCUCCGCAUAUGACUCAUGUUUCUGUUGCAGAAAUUAGAAGGGCUCAGAAAGCAGAAAGGGAAGCAACAGAUCUUAAAGGUACAAUGAGGAAAAGAAUGGAGUUCCUUGAUUUGGAGUAACUCAAGUUUCCUGCAUCCCGUUUUAGUGAUCCGCAAGUUUUAUGGCGGUUGAUGGUGUAGGAGAUGUGUUGUGUAGGCUAGAAGAUGGUCCAUCUCUCUUUGUUCCUCUCAUUCCGUUCUCAACAUUCGGUUCUGUAACAUUUGCAAACAAUGCACCUGCCUUUAAUUUAGUUUUGUUUUUGCUUUUAGUAAACACUAGUAAGAUAUUUCACUUAUGGGAAGUCUUCAAGUUAUUGUGUGUUCUCUGAUAUAA